AUGAAUAAUUUGGGAGGAAACUGCCCUGUUAAUGGCUUACUAUCUGAGGAAUUGGAUGACGUCUACGGGAUCCCUUUUGAUUAUCAUGACUGUUUCAAUGUAAUUAGGCUACUGAGCGGAUCAGCUGUAGCACUGGUUAUAGCCCCCACUGUCUUACUGACAAUGCUUUCUUCUGCCGAACGAGGAUGCCCUAAGGGCUGUAGGUGUGAAGGCAAAAUGGUAUACUGUGAAUCUCAGAAAUUACAGGAGAUACCCUCAAGUAUAUCUGCUGGUUGCUUAGGUUUGUCCCUUCGCUAUAACAGCCUUCAAAAACUUAAGUAUAAUCAAUUUAAAGGGCUCAACCAGCUCACCUGGCUGUACCUUGACCAUAACCAUAUCAGCAAUAUUGAUGAGAAUGCUUUUAAUGGAAUACGCAGACUCAAAGAGUUGAUUCUGAGCUCCAACAGAAUCUCCUAUUUUCUCAACAAUACCUUCAGACCUGUGACAAAUUUACGGAACUUGGAUCUGUCCUAUAAUCAGCUGCAUUCUCUGGGAUCUGAACAGUUUCGGGGUUUGCGAAAGCUGCUGAGUUUACAUUUACGAUCUAAUUCCCUGAGAACCAUCCCAGUGCGAAUAUUCCAAGACUGCCGCAACCUGGAACUUUUGGACCUGGGAUAUAACCGGAUCCGAAGUUUAGCCAGGAAUGUCUUUGCAGGCAUGAUCAGACUCAAAGAACUUCACCUGGAGCACAAUCAAUUUUCUAAGCUCAAUCUGGCCCUUUUCCCAAGGUUGGUGAGCCUUCAGAACCUUUACUUGCAGUGGAAUAAAAUCAGUGUCAUAGGACAGACCAUGUCCUGGACCUGGAGUUCAUUACAAAGGCUUGAUUUAUCAGGCAAUGAGAUCGAAGCUUUUAGUGGACCUAGUGUUUUCCAGUGUGUCCCAAAUCUGCAGCGCCUCAACCUGGAUUCCAACAAGCUCACAUUUAUUGGUCAAGAGAUUUUGGAUUCUUGGAUAUCCCUCAAUGACAUCAGUCUUGCCGGGAAUAUAUGGGAAUGCAGCAGAAAUAUUUGUUCCCUGGUAAACUGGCUGAAAAGUUUUAAAGGUCUGAGGGAGAAUACAAUUAUCUGUGCCAGUCCCAAAGAGCUGCAAGGAGUAAAUGUUAUCGAUGCAGUAAAGAACUACAGCAUCUGUGGCAAAAGUACCACGGAGAGGUUUGAUCUGGCCAGGGCUCUCCCAAAGCCGACAUUUAAGCCCAAGCUCCCCAGGCCGAAGCAUGAGAGCAAACCCCCUUUGCCCCCCACAGUGGGAGCCACGGAGCCUGGCCCAGAGACCGAUGCUGACACUGAGCACAUCUCUUUCCAUAAAAUCAUCGCAGGGAGCGUGGCCCUUUUCCUGUCUGUGCUCGUCAUCCUUCUCGUUAUCUAUGUGUCGUGGAAGCGGUACCCUGCCAGCAUGAAGCAGCUGCAGCAGCGCUCCCUCAUGCGAAGGCACAGGAAAAAGAAAAGACAGUCCCUAAAGCAAAUGACUCCCAGCACCCAGGAAUUUUAUGUAGAUUAUAAACCCACCAACACGGAGACCAGCGAGAUGCUGCUGAAUGGGACGGGACCCUGCACCUAUAACAAAUCGGGCUCCAGGGAGUGUGAGAUACCUUUAUCAAUGAAUGUGUCAACUUUUCUGGCAUACGACCAGCCCACAAUAAGUUACUGUGGGGUGCAUCAUGAACUUCUCUCUCAUAAAUCCUUUGAAACGAAUGCACAGGAAGAUACGAUGGAAACACACCUAGAGACUGAGCUGGACCUGAGCACAAUCACAACAGCUGGCCGAAUCAGUGACCAUAAACAGCAGCUGGCUUAA